AGAUGCACUCACUGUAUAUACCGCACACCGGAAGGGCUCAGCACUGGCUCUGGGCUCGGACUCUUAUAUUCUGUGCGCUGUGCCGGGGAUGCUGCCUCCGCUGCCGCCAUGCACUGCUGUGUGUGUGACAUUACGCUGCUCCUGGCCGCGCUGGCAGCUCUUCUAAUAAUUCUGCUUCUUAUUGUAGCACAUGUAACCGCCAAGAAAAUGCCAAAUCUCCAUCGUUUGGAGGAAGAGAAACAUUUCACUGACAGCAAAGGGAAGACGGAGCCCUUCCCCUCCAUCCACGAUCCACCCACAAAAGACCUGUCAGUGGUUGUCCCGUCAUACAACGAAGAAGAACGGUUGCCUGUAAUGAUGGAUGAAGCUAUGGAAUAUUUGGAGCAAAGACAGAAAAAACAGCCUUCAUUCAGCUAUGAAGUUAUUGUCGUAGAUGACGGCAGUAGAGAUAAAACUACAGAGGUCGCUUUAAGGUACUGUAAAAAAUACAGCAGUGACAAAGUUCGGGUUCUAACGUUGAAAAAAAAUCGUGGGAAAGGUGGAGCUGUAAGAAUGGGAGUCCUGGUUGCCCGUGGCAAGCUGAUUUUAAUGGCUGAUGCUGAUGGAGCUACUAAAUUUGCAGAUAUCAAAAACGUAGAGGUUGGACUUGAAAAACUGAAACCCUGGCCUGAAAAAAUGGCCAUAUCCUGUGGGUCAAGAGCUCAUCUGGAGAAAGAGUCCAUAGCACAGAGAUCCGUGUUCAGGACAUUCCUCAUGUAUGGCUUCCACUUCCUCGUGUGGUUCCUUUGUGUGCGAAGUGUAAGAGACACUCAGUGUGGAUUCAAACUGCUGACGAGGGAAGCAGCAACACGCACUUUCUCUGCUCUUCACGUCGACCGCUGGGCGUUUGAUGUGGAGCUGCUCUAUAUCGCUCAGUGCCUUAAUAUUCCUGUUACAGAGGUUGCAGUAAACUGGACAGAAAUUGAAGGCUCUAAGCUAGUGCCUUUCUGGAGCUGGUUGCAGAUGGGAAGAGAUCUCCUGUUUAUAAGAAUGAGAUAUCUGACCGGAGCCUGGAAGAUCGAUACAAGUGGAAAAUUAAAUUAAAGCCAAUCCUGGCCAUGGGCAUUUUAUUGUUCUGAGCAUCUGUAAGCGUCCUAUUGAGGUUUUGGGAUAAACAAAUCAUCACAAAAACUGUUCUUUUACCUCCAGUGGCAGUUUGUUUUAUGUGCUAAAACCCAUGUAAAUAGUUCUGUUUAUAAAGAAAAAA